CAAUCUAUUGAUACAAGACAUGCAUCAACUCAAUCUCUUACUCGCCGCUAUCCUCUCCAAAGCAGCCCUAUCCUCCACAGCACCAAUCCCUCAACCCCAAUCCUACCACUCGAAUCCACACAAGACAGCAAAAUGACACCCCAACUCCCACACGGAGUCGUCAUAAACAACUGCACAAUCCCAAACACAAUCGCAAUCGCCUUCGACGACGGACCAUACAUCUACACAGAACAAGUACUCGACAUCCUCGCCAACGCCAGCAUCCACGCAACAUUCUUCCUAAACGGCGACUGGAAAGGCAAUAUCGAUGAACUCUCGCACAUCGUCCAGCGCACCUUUGCAGAGGGACAUCAGAUAGGUUCUCACUCAUGGAGCCAUCUCAACCUAACAACCCUCCCCUACAAAUCAAUCCUCACAGAAAUGACAACCCUCGAAUCCGCCUUCCUCCGCAUCCUCGGCUUCAUCCCCACAUACACGCGCACACCGUGGUUACACGUCAACGAGCUCAUGUUGAGCGUCAUGGCGGAUCUGCGGUACCAUGUUAUCGGGGCGAGUAUCGUGACGGAUGAUAAGGUGUAUGAUUCGCCGGAGAGGAGUUGGAAAAGUUUUGAGCUGUUUGUGGAUGGGUUGGAUGGGGGCGGGAGUAUUGUGCUUGCGCAUGAUUCGCAGGAGAAUACGGCUGCAAAGUUGGUGGGGAGGAUGAUUAAGGAGGUGGAGAGUAGGGGGUUGAAUGCUGUUACUGUUGGCGAGUGUUUGGGACAUCCGUCGGAGUUUUGGUAUAGAUCGGGGUAA